AACUUAAUAUGGUAUUUGAAAAUGUAAAAAAAUUUAGAGAAGCUUUGAGCAAGUAUGCAAUUGAGAGAGGUUGUCAACUGGAUAAGAUCCACAAUGAUCAAAGAAGGGUCAGAGUAAAAUACAAAGCUAAUGGCUGUCCUUGGAUACUUUAUGCAAGCAAAGAUUUCAAAUCUUCCGAUUUCAUUAUAAAAACCUACAAUCCUAGACAUAAGUGUUAUAGGACCAAUACCAACACAAUGUCCAACUCUAAGUUUUUGGCUAAGUACUAUAAAAGUAGAAUUGUUUCUCAACCUUGCAUAAAGGGAUGGGAAAUACAAGAUUUGGUCAGGACAGACAUGGGAUUGUAUGUUGGUAAGUUCGUGUGUUUGAAGGCCAGAAAAAUGGUGUUGAAAAAGAUAAUGGGUGAUCAUGUUGCUGAGUUUAGUAGAAUCUAUGACUAUAGAGAUAUGCUUCUUGAAUCAAAUCCAGGAAGCACUUGUGUGGUGAAAGUGACAAAUUGUGAUGAUGGAAAAAAACUCUUUCAUUCCUUUUAUAUUUGUUUUUCAGCUUUGAAAAAAGGAUUCAUUGAGGGUUGUAGAAAGUGCAUUGGGUUAGAUGGUUGUUUUUUGAAGGGAAUAUCUAAAGGCCAGCUACUUGUUGCUAUUGCAAAGGAUGGGAAUAAUCAGAUGUUCCCAAUAGCAUGGGCUGUUGUUGGAACUAAAAGUAGAGAAACUUGGACUUGGUUUUUGAGAAUCUUGAAAUCUGAUUUGGACAUUAAUGAUGAAGGAGAAGGAUUGACUAUCAUAAGUGAUAUGCAAAAGGGAUUAUAUUUAGCUGUUCAGGAGUUGCUUCCAGAAUGUGAACAAAGAAUGUGUGCAAGACAUAUACUUGCAAACUGGUCAAAAAACUGGAAAGGUGUUGAGGAAAGAAAGAGGUUUUGGGCUUGUGCUAGAUCAACAUUUGAAGCUGAACUCAGGAAGAACUUGGAUAAAUUAGCACAAUUAGGCAAAGAUAUUUCUAAUGACUUGGUAAACUUCAAUCCUAAUAGAUGGUCCAAAGCACAGUUUAGGACAUCCUCAAAAUGUGACAGUGUGGAUAACAAUAUGGCUGAAAGUUUUAAUGCUUGGGUGUUGGGUGCUAGGCACAAGACUAUCAUCAGUAUGCUUGAAGAAAUAAGGAAAAAGGUAAUGAAUAGAUUCACUAAAGUGACAACAUUUGUAAAUAGUUGGACUCAUGACAUUUCUCCAAUGGCAAUGUUGGUGCUAAAUACAAAUGUGAAGAAGUCAAUGAGGGUGGAAAUUAGUUGGAAUGGUGAUAUUGGGUAUGAAGUGAAGGAUAGUCCAUAUAUACAUGUGGUUAACCUAAUUCAAGGAACUUGCACUUGUAGAAGUUGGGGAUUGAAAGGGAUUCCUUGUGCACAUGCAAUAGCAGCUAUACAUCACGAUAAAGCUAAUCUCCUUGACUCGGUUUGUAAGUGGUACAAAAAAGAAACCUACCUGAAAGCUUAUAAACAUUUUUUACAACCAGUAACAAACAUGAAGAUGUGGCCCGAGACAUUGAAUCCAAAAGUUGAGCCACCUCCUGUUAGGAAAAUGCCAGGAAGGCCUGGUAAAAAAAGAAAGAAGGAACUUGGAGAGGUACCAAGUUCUGGAAAGCUUCCAAAGAGGGGAAAAACCAUGAAUUGCUCCGCUUGUAAGUCAAAAGGUCACAAUAUAAGAACAUGUCCAAACAAACCUCCAGCCACUUCAGAGGGUAUUGCUACAUCACAAGCAUCUGCCAGUAGUAAAAGAAGUGGCAAGCAGAAAUCUCACCCCACUCAAGCAGUGCAACAAUCUCAAUCUUCUGAACCAUCUCAAGCAAUAGUGCAAAGUGACAGUGGUAAUAGAAAAGGUGCAAAUAAUGCAUUUAAGAGGCCAAGAGUAGUGGGUCAUGGAGUAUUUGUGAGCAAAGAUGGUUUUAUUUGUGUCGAGCAAGGAAGAUCUAUUAGUAGGGUAAUCAAGAGUGGAGCACAAGAGAAACUGAUAAGUUCAGCUAUUGUCACCGGUGACCUUAGGUAUGCACCAAGUAAAUGUCUUAAAUGGAAGGGGAAAAGUGCUAUCACAGGAAGACAACUUCAACAUAAAAGUGCUUUGCUUAGACAGAAGAACAUCAAGUCACAAACUUCAUCACAAGGUGCAACAAGAACUAAAGGUGUUUAG